UUCGACCGGUCACUUAAUAGUUUGAUCUUGAUCAUUUGUUAACAUUCACUUGGUCUGAUAACUUUUUUUCUGCACUUGACAUCGCAACAAUUAACAUUCUUCAUAAAGUUAACAUCUUCUUAAUUGUGGUUCAUCAUAAUUAUCAGUGUUUUCUAGUAAUGGUCAACAUGAUUUCUAUUUAGUUAUCAAAUCAACUGGUCAAUUACUUCAAUCAAUCGCAAACAAUUUAGUCAUAAAUCACAACAGUGCAAAGAUCAAAACUAAACCACAACAAUGAAGAUUACCAUAAUUUUGGCUUUAAUUGUUACAGUGUUACCUUUUAAUGUUGACUCGGGUCUUAAUGUAAAGGUAGGAGUUAAAUUACCUUCGAUAAAUGUGAAGCUACCCAGCAUUAAAUUACCAACAAUUAAGAUCACAACCGUAAUUAAACAUAGUCGAUCUAAGAAACCAUUGAAAAUUGCAUUACCUGCGAUUUCAUUUGAUGCUGAAGCGGAGAAGGAAAAAAGUGACGAUUGGUGGGAACCAACACCCGAACCUUGGAGUGAACCGGAAACAGAAUCAACGCCAACAGGUUGGGGCGAUACUGACCCUUGGUCAUCAACAACAAACGAUGAGAAAUCUGAACAUGAACAAAUAGAUAAAUGGUUAGCGGAGAAACGACGAAAACAAUCAAAUCAAGAUUCUUCAGGCUGGAAUGAAGUUAAGGAAGAUUCUUGGUCAACAACCGAUGACCAUCGCCCAUCAAGUAGAACCGCUUACUCGGACAAUCAACAUCAACAUCAACAACAACAACAACCACAUUAUCCUGCAGAUGGAUAUUCAAAAAGUGAUCGUCCUCAACCCUAUCCAGCUUAUCCUUACCCACCAUCAAAUGGUUACUCUGGUUGGCCCACCGGUGGCUGGUCAGGGUGGGGAUGGGGACACUGGCCAGCUUGGCCUUACUGGCCAGCGCCGCACUCAACAGCUUCAACAACAAAAGCUCCAAUGACAAAGGAGGAAAAGAAAGAGGAUCCACCAAAAGAAGACAUUUAAAUUUACCAACAAUCAAUUCAAAAUUAAAUCUCUUUGCAAAUUGUAAAUAAAAUUUUCACCAACAAUCAA